AUGGCGUCCCAGACGAGUGGCUUGAAGGACAUCGGCUCCCUCCGCUUCUUGGACGAGGACGGGGUCGCCCUCUCCGACAAGCAGAACGUCCACAAGAUCGACCCGAGGUCCUUGGAUCUGCAGAUGCUGUCCCUAGCGAGGGAGGAGUACAUACAGAUCCUGAACGGCAUCCUGGGCGAGGGCGUGACGAACGGCCUCAUCGCGCAGUACGACACGGCCAUCGCCAACGCGCCCCCGAAGGCGAAGGUGCGGACGUACCAGCGGGUCCUGAAGGACGUCGUGCUGUGGAACGCGCACGUGAUAGCGGCGGAGUCGCAGCGCAUCCUGGGGGAGUCCAAGACGAUGCUGCAGCAGAUCCUGGCGGCGAUAUACGUGUCCAACGUGAAGAUCAUGGCGUCUAUCCGAGUUUCGGGCGGGGUCUCCUACGUCUCCAUCGUCAUUCCCUCCUGCGACUCCUUCGUGCACCGCGUGUACAUCGAGGCCGCGCGCAUCAUCUACCACAACCCCCUCAUCAUGCACGUCGAGACCAAGCGCGCGACGGACGUCUUCCAACGCUCCGACCUGCUGACGCGUAUCGUGCACACCGCCAUCAAGAAGGCACUGCGGGCGAUGUUGCCGAUCAAGGAGCUCCUGGAGGAGUACCUCAGCCUGGACAACUACAAGGACGGGAUGCGCCUGGACGAGGCCCCCGCCGUCCUGGCUCCCCCGCCCGCUCCGCUCCCCGCCCCGCCUCCGCCCGCUCCUCCGCCCGCUCCUCCGCUCCCGGAGUCCGAGGCGAAGCGCCUGCCUUUCAAGAUGCGGCCCGAGGACAAGGUGGUGCCCGAGGUCCUGGCGGGACGGUUGGCGGACGGGGACAAGGAGAUCAAGAUCGGGCGCGAGAGGCCUCCGCCCUCGGAGAUGGACGACGUCGUGGAUUCGGAGUACUUUGAUGACGCCGGGGGCGAGGACGGCGGGUGGCCCACGGCGGACGACCUGGUCGACGCGGACGAAGACAUGUGA